CCUAGGCGUCUUCGAAUGGCCGUCUCUCUUGUCGUUGCGUCUUUGGCUUCUUCUCUUUCUCUCUCUCCGUCUUCGUCUUUAUCAUCUCGCUUCUUCCAUUCUCUCUCCUCUUCUUCUUCCACCGGUUCUUUGUGUUUGUCGAGAUCGCGGUGGUCGCCCGUUGCGAGACUCGCUUUUUCAGUCACUCCGCUCUACUCGGCCACCAGAGUCAGAGCGAUGGCUCACACCCUCGCACGCGCCACUCUCGGCCUCACUCAGCCCCAUCCGAUCGACCUUACUAAGAUCUCGUUCUCAGCGAAAGAUGUCGAUGUGACGGAAUGGAAAGGAGACAUACUCGCGGUUGGCGUAACGGAGAAAGACAUGAAAAAAGACGAAAACUCAAAGUUCGAGAACCCGAUCUUGGAGAAGCUCGAUGCCCAUUUGGGUGGGCUUCUUGCAGAAGUCUCGUCCGAGGAGGAUUUCACCGGAAAACCCGGCCAGUCAACUGUUCUUAGGCUUCCGGGUCUCGGGUCAAAACGGGUUGGGUUGAUCGGUCUCGGAUCGUCGGUUUCAUCUCCAUCGUCUUUUCAGAGUCUCGGUGAGGCUGUUGCUGCUGCUGCAAAAUCUGCUCAAGCUAGCAAUGUAGCUGUUGUUCUUGCAUCCCUUGAGAGUGUUCCUGAUGAAUCCAAGAUUAGUUCUGCUUCGGCCAUUGCUUCAGGAACCGUGCUCGGUAUAUAUGAGGAUACCAGGUACAAGUCGGAAUCGAAGAAACCAUCUCUUAAAUCCGUGGAUAUCAUCGGUUUUGGAACUGGUCCUGAACUCGAGAAGAAGCUGAAGUACGCUGAAGAUGUUUCUUCGGGUAUUAUUUUCGGGAAGGAACUCGUCAAUUCUCCGGCCAAUGUGCUCACCCCUGAUGCUCUUGCGGAGGAAGCCGUGAAACUCGCUUCCUUGUACAGCGAUGUUCUCACUGCAAACAUCUUGGAUGCGGAGAAAUGCAAAGAGUUGAAGAUGGGUUCCUAUCUCGGUGUGGCUGCUGCCUCUGCAAAUCCACCUCGUUUCAUACAUCUUCGGUACACGCCUUCAAGUGGACCCGUGACAACCAAGCUCGCUCUUGUCGGAAAGGGAUUGACCUUUGACAGUGGUGGCUACAACAUUAAGACCGGACCUGGCUGCUCCAUCGAGCUUAUGAAAUUUGAUAUGGGAGGUUCAGCUGCUGUUCUUGGUGCUGCCAAAGCCAUUGGUCAAAUUAAGCCUCCUGGCGUUGAGGUUCACUUUAUCGUUGCCGCAUGUGAGAAUAUGAUCAGUGGAACUGGAAUGAGGCCGGGAGACGUUCUCACUGCCUCAAACGGAAAGACUAUUGAGGUUAACAACACUGAUGCUGAAGGUAGACUCACACUUGCUGAUGCUCUGGUGUAUGCUUGCAACCAGGGCGUCGAUAAGGUUAUUGACCUCGCGACAUUGACAGGAGCAUGCGUUGUUGCUCUCGGACCAACAAUCGCAGGUGUCUUUACACCGAGUGAUGAACUCGCAUACGAGGUUUUUGAUGCGUCUCAGAGAAGCGGAGAGAAGCUAUGGAGGAUGCCAAUGGAGGAGAGCUACUGGGAGCAAAUGAAAUCGGGUGUGGCUGAUAUGGUUAACACUGGUGGUCGUGCGGGCGGUUCAAUCACCGCAGCUCUCUUCUUGAAACAGUUUGUGAGCGAGAAGGUGCAGUGGAUGCAUAUCGACAUGGCUGGACCCGUUUGGAACGAUAAGAAGAAGGCUGGGACCGGGUUUGGGGUAGCAACGCUGGUGGAGUGGGUGCAGAAGAACUCUUCGGCUUAAGAUAGAGUAAUGUGGAGGAGGCUGAUACAGUGAGAUGGAGGCGCCCUCAUUUUCAGGUGUUUGAGUUGUUUUCUGGUUGCUUCUGUGUCAAGUUACGAACCCUAGUUUCAGUGUCUUAAUCAUGGUAUUAGAUCUUGUUCUCUUGUACACCUGAGAAUGGUAACCGUAUCGGAGAGCGAAUAAAAGGAAAGGGUCUUGCUCUUGUCUUGUUGUCA